AUGGCCGCGAAGCUGAUCGAUCGACGCUUUUAUAAUGUUCCAGGCAAGCUUCGGAUCUCCGAGCUGUUCUUUGAUGUCCCUGUGGACUACAGCAACCCCACUGGGGAGACGCUGAGACUUUUUGCACGCAGUAUCAGUCGCUUGAAUAAGCCAAUUGAGUCUGCCAAAGAAGAGGGCAAGGAAGCCAAAGAAGGCAAGCUGCCUUGGCUGGUCUACCUGCAAGGUGGUCCUGGCUUUGGAUGUGGUGCCCCGCAGUCGUACCCCUGGGUUGAUUUUGUGCUCAGCAAGGGCUAUCAAGUGCUAUUCCUGGAUCAACGAGGUACUGGCCUCAGUUCGACCAUCACAGCGGGAACCCUCGCCCGCCAGGGAGAUGCUAUCAAGCAGGCUGAGUACCUCAAGAACUUCCGCGCAGACAGCAUUGUGCGUGAUUGCGAAGCCAUCCGUACUGUCUUGACUCAGGACUAUCCGGCAGAGCAGCGCCGAUGGAGUGUGCUGGGACAAAGUUUCGGUGGCUUCUGCACCGUGAAUUACCUGUCAAAAUACCCCGAGGGGCUGAAAGAAGCUUUCCUGACCGGUGGCCUGCCCCCACUUACUGACGGGCCAGAUCCUGUCUAUGCGAAGACCUAUGAAAAGGUCAAGCAGAGAAAUGAGGCUUUCUACCAGAAAUUCCCCGAUGACGCGGAACGCGUGAAGAAGAUCAUGCAAUACCUGACCCAGAACGAGGUUGCAUUGCCAUCUGGAAUUCUCAGCCCAGCUCGCUUCCAGCAACUGGGUAUCUUGCUUGGCGCGCAUGGCGGAGUUGACAAUCUGCACGAUAUCAUCGUCAGGGUCACUAAUGAUUUGGAGAUGUUCGGAUUCCUUACUCUGCCCACUCUCCAUGUGAUUGACAGCAACGGUGGUAUGGACAAAAACAUCAUCUACGCCGUUCUGCACGAAUCAAUCUAUUGCCAAGGAAAACCAUCACUCUGGUCCGCAGAUAGACUGCGCUCAAGCUACUCGCAAUUCGAGAUCAAGGACUCGCUGCCUGAAAUCUAUUUCACCGGCGAGAUGAUCUUCAAGGACAUGUUCGAGUCCUACUCGGAACUCAAGCAGCUCAAGGAAGUGGCUGAGAUCCUGGCCACUACCGAUGAAUGGCCUGCUCUCUACGACGAGGCUCAACUUGCCAACAACAAGGUGCCAGUUUACGCCGCUACCUACUUCGACGAUAUGUAUGUCCACUUUGAUCUGGCUACAGCCACUGCUGCCAAGAUCAAGAACUCAAAGCAAUUCAUCACCAACACUAUGUAUCACGAUGGGUUACGCAGCAAGGCGAGUGAGGUCAUGCGCCAGCUCUUCAACCUCAGGGAGGACUCGAUUGAUUAG